UUUUUGCGCAUGCGUAUAGUGCUAAGACGGAGUGCGCCGUUUCCUGAGAGUGAGGAGAGCCGUACGCGCCGUUACUCUUCUGUUUUUACGACAAUCCCACUAACAUAAAUACGGACCUAGGUUUACUAUACUAGUUAAAAUAUGCCGAAGAAUAAAGGUAAGGGAGGUAAGAACCGAAGACGUGGUAAAAACGAAAAUGAGUCUGAGAAGAGAGAGCUGGUCUUCAAGGAGGAUGGACAAGAAUAUGCACAGGUCAUCAAGAUGUUGGGUAAUGGACGGCUGGAGGCCAUGUGCUUUGAUGGUGUGAAGAGGCUCUGUCAUAUCCGGGGGAAGCUCAGGAAGAAGGUUUGGAUUAACACAUCUGACAUCAUACUGGUGGGACUGAGAGAUUACCAGGACAACAAAGCUGAUGUUAUCCUGAAGUACAAUGCAGAUGAAGCGCGUAGUCUGAAGGCCUAUGGGGAGCUUCCCGAGCAUGCUAAAAUUAAUGAGACUGAUACCUUUGGCCCCGGGGACGACGACGAAAUCCAGUUUGAUGAUAUUGGUGAUGACGAUGAGGAUAUCGAUGAUAUCUAAACGAGGACUGGUCCAGGAAAGGGAGGUGAACGCCCCUCCCGGGAGGACCUGGACAAGAUGCCCCCUGGAAUUUGGGGCUGGUUUCACAUCUCUUUGUAGAAAGUGGAUGUGAAUGUAAUUCCUGCUGAAAAUGCAGCCUCCUUCAUGGUUUCAUUUUAAUAUAUUUAUAUUUUACUUCACCCGGCAUACAGCACAUUUACAGUAAAAACUUGGCCUCUUUUACAUUUGUUAAUUUGUUUGUUUGCUGCCUUGAUGCACACCUGACCAAAUUGCCCUGCUAAGUAUCAAGGCCAAUGAAAGGUGUUGAACACACUCUUUCAUGAUCUUUUUCUUUCCUUCCAUCCAGUAUUGUUUAAUUUGGCGAUGUGACUAAAGAUUGAUUAUGCAAAUAGAAAUAAAUGGCAAAUUUGCAUCAGAGCUAUAACCAACAGCUUUGUUUUUUUCCUGCUCAGUCGGGUGGCUUUUCGUAUUUGGAUGAUCAACUAAUUUAGUGUUUUCCCUACAUGGAUUUUUGCAGUUUAGAUCUAGUUAUUACAUGAUUUUUCACUCUCGUGAAUAUUUCUUUGACCAGUUCUUCUGCCAUAGACUAUAUAUAAACUAUGUACAUCUGGGAAAUGGUAUUCCUGUAUGAGCCCAGGUGAAUCUACAUGCACACCAGUGUGCAGCCCUUGCAGACCCAGACUGCGCUGAUCUGCUGUUUUCAGUAGGUUUGUGUAUUUGAUAUCUGCUCAGUGUUUCUCAUACUACACAUCUCUGCUAAGCUCUUUAUGGAUACCUUUAAAUAAAGUGACUUAAAAUUC